AAAAACCAACCGUGGUUGCUAGGUAGCGUGUCCCGGGGUGGUAAUUCAUGAAAGGGCCGCUGGUCUUCACGUCUUAGCUCAAAAUAAGGUAGGGCUGUACAGCGAAUGAGGGGAAAGAACAGUGUCUGUUUAAAUACGUAAAUCUGGCAGUGCUCAGCGUUAAUUUUGUGGCGAAUUUUCAAGCAUUCGGCGAGUUACCGUGUUUACCAAGUGGACCUGUCAUGACAUAACUGGCUGCUUUGUAGUUCAGCUAACUAUAGCUACACGUGAAGAUCAUGUAAAGGUGUACAUUGUAAUUAUGUAAUAACACAACAGUGAACUGUACGUCUAGUUGAAUCGGCGCUCUAAGUGUGCAUCCGUUUUCCAUUCUUCAUUCUACACGGUGAUGUAGUUUGCAGAGACUUGUUUUAAAAGACUGCGUAGGUUUAAUACUGCGCACGAAAGUAUGUGAUAUAUAAAACUGUUCUUUUUCAACCCUGUGCAAAUAUUCUUAUCAUAAAACAUCUCACUGGAAAUUGAGUGCACGUGCAUAAGCAUCGUAUUAACUCUGGUUAACCCCCCACAAUUAACCAUACAUGUUUAAUGAAACGGCCUUUAUGAAUGCGCCUCGCAUAUAAAUUGGACAGUCCUGUAACAGUUUUUUUUUUGCAAGAAGAUGGCACUGUUGCGACACAAGUGCAAAAAGAAGAAUUUCACAGAGCGCGAAAUUGAAGUUCUUUUGGGCGAGGUGGAGAGGAGACGUAGCAUACUGUUUAACGGCGUCAGCAUGGGCGUCAGCAACAAGAGGAAGCGCCUGGAGUGGCACAGGGUCUGCGCCGCCGUGAACGCGUCCAGCGCCGUGAACCGCUCCGCGGGGGAAGUUAAGAAGAAGUGGUUCGACAUCAAAGUGCAGGCCAAAAAGCGCAUAUCGGCGCACAGGGAAAGCGUGGGUGUGGGCGGGUGGUGCGUGGGAGCUCCGCCGCUCUCCCCGCUGGAUGAGCGGUUGGCGUCGAUCAUUGGGGACAUCCACAUGAGCGCAAUGCUACCGCCACUGGAUGAGUUCACUGAAAUGGCCGAAUCCACUGCAGUGAAAACAGAGUCGGAGGAUCAGAAAAUGGGUGUGCCGGGGGCUGAGGAGGUGCCGGAGAGAAGUGAGGAGGCGCAGGAGGGAAGCGAGGAGGUGCAGCAGGAGGAAGACAGCGCGCCUGGGCCCAGCAGCGUCUCCGGUGCGGGGCGUGGUCACGCAAGCGGGGACGACCCCGCCGACGCCGCCGUUCGGACGCAACGGGACCUCAUCAGAUCCAUCGACAACGUGACCUCUGAACUGAAACAUAUCGGAAACGUCCUAUGCCAGAUAUGCUCCACAUUAAAAGAGCUAGUUAAAACAUACACUGUUGUUUUUUAAAAUUUAUUUAUUUAACCGCUAUUUAACCAUUAUAAAACCCAACUGAGAUCAAAAUUUCUUCUUCCAAGGGGGACCUGACAUAAAACACAAAGUUACACAAAAAAAAAGAAGAAAAAACAGUUGACAGACCAGUUACAGACAUCGAAUGGGGAAUGAGACAGUAGUGUAACAGCAUGUGUGCCUAAUGCCACUAGUGGGGCGAAAUGUGGAUGAUUCUAGGGGCCCACAGCAGCUUUUGGGGUGGGGGGCCCACAGCUGAAAAAAAAAUCUAUUUAUUUUAUUGACAAAGAGGGGCCCAGAGCAAUAUUCUUUCAGGGGCCUGAGAAUUCCCAGCCACGCCCCUGCUUAGCGCAAGGUCAGUGCAGUCAGUGGUGCCGAUGGCGUUUGGGAAACCGGACGCUGCUUGCGCUUCGAUGUCGGCCUGUUCCCCCCCGCAGUGUAAUGUUGGCUGUCGGCGUGUCGUAUUAAUCAUACCAUCCAGCCUGGCUGGCGUGGCGAAGCUGGGGAACGGCGGCGUCGUCCUGUCUGCCCCACAGUGCCUGAAAGCCCACAGUGGUCGGUGCCUGUAAUGGGACCGGUUUGGGCUGGUUUGGCCCGGUUUGGGCUGGUUUGGCCCGGUUUGGUCCGGUUUGGACCGGUUUGGUCCGGUUUGGACCGGUUUGGGCUGGUUUGGACCAGUUUGGGCUGGUUUGGCCCAGUUUGGUCCGGUUAUUUCCUGGAGAAUGGCUCUUGGGAACGGAAAUCAGCUCAUAAGCCUGUAGUCAUCACGGGCCUGGAAAUUCCUGUGGUCCCUGAACACCCGCUCCCUCCUAAGUGGACUCACAGAUACAGCAUUUGCCCCCUUCUUCAUUUCCUCCAUUAUCGCGUAUUUGUCAAACUGAAUGGUUUCAUAUCAAAAUGUCAUAAUCAGACAACGGCAAGUAAACACGACACACGUUUUUCAAAAUAAUUUCCUUUACUUAAAAAAGCUAUCGAACUCCCAUAUCACCCAUGUGAAAAAUGAAUUGCCCCCUUAAACUUGCUUUAGCGGCAAUAACUGCAACCGAGUGCUGCCAUUAAUUUGAUAUCAGUCUCAGAUUCAUGUGGAGAAAUGAAUCAAAUUGCUUUAAUUCAGGCAAUUUGGUAGGUUUUUAAAAAUGAACUUCUCGUUUCAGGUCCUACCACAUCAUCUCAAUACGGUACAAGUCAGGACUUUGACUAGCCUCCAAGACUUUUGUUUCUUUUCAGCCGUUCAGAUGUGGACUUGCUUUUGUGUUUUGGAUCAUUGUCUUGCUGAAUAACCCAAUUAUGCUUCAGCUUCAGCUCACAUUCUCCUUAAGAAUUUUCUGGUAGAGAGCAUAAUUCAUGGUUCAUUCAAUAAUGGUAAGCUGUCCUGGUUCCAAGGCAGCAAAGCAUCCCUACCCCAUCACACUACCACCACCAUGUUUGACUGUUGAUGCAAUGUACUUACUGUGAAAAGAUGUGUUUGCUUUAUGCCAUCCAUCAUGGGACCCGUGAUAUUCAAAAAGUUCCCCCUUGGACUCGUCUGUCCAUAGAACAUUAUCCCAAAAGGCUUGGGGAUCAUCCAGGUGCUUUUUGCAAAUGUGAGGUGAGAUUUUGAUGUUUUUCUUGGUUAGCAGUGGUUUCUGCCUUGCUACUCUCCCAUGAAUUCCAUUUUUGCCCAGUCUCUUUCUGAUUGUGGACUCGUAAACACUGACUUUAACUGAGGCUAGAGAUGAAAUUGUGGCACACUCCUGGGAAGAUUCACAACUGUUCCAAGUGUUUUCCAUUUGGAGAUACUGGCUCUUACUGUGGUUCAGUGGAGAACAUGCACUGCAGGUAGAACAUGCAAACUCCACACAGAAUGGCCAUUCUGGAGGUUAACUCUGUUGUCUUGUCCAGCGGUUGUGGUUAUUAAUAGUGAAACAUGUCAGCGCAAUGACACACUAUUUGUGUGUGAUCUGAUACACGAGAUAUCUGUGGAUAGGAUGGAUUCAAUAGCUAAACAUCUUAGUGUAUCAACACCUAUUUUCAUUAGGGAUUAUGCAUUUAAAAGAAGUGUCAUCACCGGCUUAAGCUGAUAUAUAUGGCGCGGAUCGGUAAUAACGUUGUGUCAGUUAAAUGAAUGGGGAUGAUGUACACGUUUCAGGUUCACCAAAAA